GCAGACUUUUACUCUGAAGGAGGAACAAUCUCAGUCUCGCGAUGGCUGUAUCUGUUGCCUUGACGAAUCUCUCUCCUCUCCUCUCAUCCUCUCUCAAACUGCCGUCACCCCGCGCAGUACCGAUGCCUCGUGAAACCUGGAUCUUCUGCCAGACAGAGAGAGCUACCCGCUCACUUCAAAGCAGGCUGCAAAAGUCAUGACGGAGAAAAGGGAUUUUUGAGCCACAGUUCAAGAAGAACAACUCCGUAAUAGAGAUUAGCGUUCAGAAUCGGUGCAAGUGUGAGUGUAUGUCAGAUAUAGUGUGUGUCGGACUCCUCACUCAGUGAUGUAGAAACGGGAAGGUGGAUUUUGGCAUGUGAGAAGAGCAGGUAAAAGGUAAGACUCGUGACACAGUUGCUAUUGAGCUGCUUGAACACACCAGAAUCAAGCUCUGGUUGCUUUAAUCUGUUGCCCAGAUGAGUGAAAAUCUCUCAUUGCAUGACUCACGACUAACUGAGUGUUAACUGGCAGGAAAAUGAGAUUGACACCUGGUUUCAUCAGCAGAGGAUAGGCGUAGUCUUUAGUCUAUAUGGGCAAGAGGUGUGAGGGUUUGGGAGGAAUGCAGAUAAUUCACUAGGAAACAACAGAGGAGUUCCCAUGACGUUCAUGGCAUUCUAAUGAAUGGAGAUAUAGGCUCUUCCUCAGUUUAGGAUAUGAUGGAGUGUAGAGAGAAAAGAAAAUGUGGUGCAUCCACUGUAUGAGUUUGGGUGGAUGACGACACUUUCACUUCCGCCACCUAACACAAAGGAAUCAAUUAACAGAUGUCAAAACCACACAUAAGUGUCAUAUUUACUGUGUUUGAACAGUUCUGCGAUGCCUUCAAUUCUUAGUAUGGUUAUAUCUUUCUACUGAAUAACCUGCACUAGAGAGAUUACAUCUGUAGCCUGCACCAGAUGACAUGAUGCCUCCAACACACUUCACAGGGUAGAUAAAAACCCUCCCUGAGAUGCUCAGCGGGGAUGACACACGCACUGUAUGAAGUUGGCGGUUGGUGCUUUGCUGUGAGUCAAAGUGGCCUGCAGCAGAGGUACAUAGUCUUUUUUGUACACCCCCCUUCCCUUCCCCCCCAACAGGAUCUCUAAAAGCAUGUGGGGGUGAGAUAUAGAGUAGAUAUUUCCUUUCAUGCGGAUGAGUGGUUGCAAAAAAGCCUCACUUUACACACUUCUAUGCUGAGCUUAAGUAUGAGAAAUAGGACUGAAUUAUAAAUGAGUUAUGCUCCAGCUGAAAGACUCAGCUACUGUCUCUUGUCUGACUUCCAUCAGCAUUAAUUGGGUAUGGAAUAGAAACAGUAGAUGAGUGCAGAUUUUAUCUGAUUGUUCUAUCCAUAGAACUGAGGGCAGAGCAAAUAACCAGCAAGGCAUUUCACAGGUGUAUCUAGAAAUAUAAAUGAGCUAGCAGGGAAAAAAAAGGUGAAAUAUGUCAAAUGAUUCAUCAAGCUCACCCAGUUCAUUCAGUUUCUUUAUCUUGUGGCCAUAAGGUUGAUUGUUCUAAGUUUUCCUGUUCAAAAAAAGAGCAAUUUGGGCUCAGAGAUAUAAGGAUUUUGGACAACCCCUGCCUCUGCUGUCUUCAAGCAAGAGGGAUGCUAAUGGAGGAGAGAGAGGAUACAGGCGUUACCGCGGCAAGAUAGAGAGAGCGUGUGUCUGCGAUGAAGAGUGUGUGAGGCGUUUCCAUGGAAACCUGUCAGGGGUGUGUUUGGUCUCUGGAGAUGGUGGGGAGUGGAGAAAGGGAGAGAGAUGAGAGGUGGAGAGAAAACUAUCCCUCAUUAAGGGUGAGAGGGGGAUGGGGAAAGGAGAUAAUGGAGAGAAGAGGGAAAGGUGGGAUUGCCCCCCACACCCCCCACCCCAACAUCCACCACCAUUGUUUGUUUUCCUUCUCUCUGUGCUGUGUUUCUCCUAUCCAAGCUUCCUUCUCUCUUCUCACGCCACCUUGUUUCCUCAGUCGGAAGUAACAGGCUGGGCUUGUCAUGCCUUUGUUCAUGUUAUAUGGGAUGCUUUCAUUUGAAUGAAAGGUAUGUCAUAUUUGAACAUUUACAUGAGCUGUCUACUCUUUAAUGCCUCUCAGCACUUCUUUACAGUGUCUGUAGACAUAGUAUAGAAGACCACAGUCUUGACAUUCUUGGUCAAAUUUAAGCCCCUGCAUUUAUCAACUUUUUAAGGAGCAAACUCAAUUGACCCCUUCUCAGCCUUUCCCACCCAAUUAGUGCUAAUGAUCUGUAUGAAUGGGCUCUAUUAAAGCUAAUUCCUCUGGAUUUUUUAAGUCUACUUACACCUGUUGGUGUGGGAUGUUCAUGUUCGAGCUAUUAAAAUAAAUUCAACAGAAUUACACGGCUUUCUAAACAAACUAUUCCUAUAUAAUCAAACCAUGAAAAACAUUUGAAUAAUAUCUGUAUCAAGAAAUCCAACAGGUUGAGUCUACACAGAACCUUUAAAAUAGGCUGUGCAAAUAUUUACUAUUUUAUCCGAAUAGAAAAAAAAAAAACCACUGCUGCAGCAACAAGUGUGAUCAAUAUUUUUAAAGAAAUAUAUAUUCUUUUGCAAUUCACAUAUACUGCUAUUUUUAAAAGUUAAAAUAUUUUUCUUGUAUUGAUGAGAUAAAUCUUCCUGACUAGAUGUAAGAUAAAAAUAAGGUAGCACAAUGGAGGUAUGAUGGGCUGAAAAAUACAAACCCCAAUUCCACUAAAGUUGGGGUGUUGUGAGGAAUGUGAAUAAGAACAGACUACAAUGAUAUGCAAAUCCCCUUCUACCUAUAUUUAGUUGAAUACACUACAGAGACAAAAUAUUUAAUGUUUAAAUUUAUAACCUCAAUGUUUUUUUUUUUGUUUUUUUUUUGUUUUUCAAAUAUUAAUUCACUCUGAAUUUGAUGCCUGCAACACAUCACAAAAAAGCUGGGACAGGGUCAUGUUCACCACUGUGUUAGAUCAGCUUUCAUUUGAACAACACUUAAGUGAUUUGGAAACCAAGGACACUAAUUGUUGAAGCUUUGGACUUUUUUCCUCAUUCUAACUUGAUGUAAGACUUCAGUUGUUCAACAGUCUGGGAUCUCUGUUGUGGUGUUUUGUGCUUCAUAAUGCUCCACACAUUUUCAACGGGAGACAGGUCUGGACUGCAGGGAGGCCAGUCUAGUUUAGUACUUUAUAUUCUCCCACUCAGGCCUGUUUCAUAUAAAAACUUUAACAAACUUUUCCAGUCUGACAUUUAGUCAACACAAUAACGUCAGAAACUGUAGCUCUAAUAUGGAGACAUUAAUUUUAAACUUUUAUUAAACUUUUUUAUGAAACGUUAUUAAUGUUAAGUGUUAAAUUUAACAUGUGUAAUUGUUUAACCUAAAUUUUGUUGCUGUGUUUAUUUCUUUCUGUCACCUAGCCAUUCACUGUAUGAUGCACUGUAGUUGUAUUCUUGUAUUUAUAGUAUUCAGUAUAUUUUAUCCUACACUAAAGCUUAAACAGGGACAAAGACUACAAAUUAGCUGAAGCUAGACACCUUUUAUGCAUCACAUUUUCCAUUUCUUGUGGCAAUGUUGUAUGUAUUGUCCCUGUUAAAUAAACAUUAAAACAAAUCAAUUUAGGUAUCCUUAAACCUGUGUUAUUAUUGUAAUGUACAUUAGAUAACGUGUGCUAUUAGCUCAUGUUGUAAAAUAUAUUUAUAUAGUUGAUGUAGAUCAACUAAAUACACAGGACCCCUAUGAAAACAAGCCAUAGUGCUUUGGUUUAUCAUUUUAGACCAGCGUCCUUUUGUAUAAAACUCUACUCCUGUGCUUUUUGUGAAAACUGUCGGUAAAGUAUUUAAUCAAUCAAUCUAACCCAACUCUCUGACCCAGUUAAUGGAUUACUCUCAGAAAAAAUAACCCAAAAAAUAUUAACCCAGUCGAAAAACCCACAAAUUGUGUUUUAAAGAAUUCUAUAUCCCAAGAAAUGGGUUUGUCUCUGAAAAAUAACCCAGAAAUAUUACCCAACAUGCAGGCCUAUAGCCAAGGAAUUGGGUAGAAGAAAUAACCCAAGUGUUUUUAGAGAGUAGGUGUGUGUAGCACUGAUGUAGUAACUCUGAACGGACCUGUUCUUUACUAUACUAUAAGAGCUCAGACAAAAUUUUGAUAAAAAUACAUAUUUAUUUCAGUACCAGAUUUUAAUGGUGGCACAGGAGUUUUACUCUGUUUUAAAAAACUUUAGGACUCCUCCCCUCAAACUUUGAUCCACAUAGAUAUGAGCAGUUUUUGGUACAGCAAAAGUGAGUUCUGCUAUUUUAAUCUUUAAUUCUUGAUUGUCAUAUUUUGAUCGUUCAAUAAUCAUAAUUGAUAUCGAAAUUCAGUAAUGCUCAAGAUGUACUGAUCAAACACAAGCAUUUGACUUUGGUUGCAAUGGAUUAUUGAAUCAUCCCACAAGGAUAGAUCGCAUUUACAAAGUGAUUGGACACAAUGAUUCAGUUUGAUGGCAUUGUCUUACAGUCUCCUUCAGCAUAUUAGAGCUUAGCUCUAAAGAUUAUCUGGAUGAUUUUUUAAAUUCAUUUCUUUCUUUCUUUAUUUAUUAGCAAAACUGUACAUGGCUGCAUCAUCUGAAUAAGUGGAAAAAAGUGGGAGCUGUGGCUUAGUGGUAGAGAUGGGUGUCUUUUUAAGCAAAGAUGGGGGUUCUAUCGCAGAUACUGCAGUCCAUAUGCUGAAGUGUCCUUGGGAAAGACACUGUACCUAGAAUUGCCAGUAGCCAUCGGUGUAUGAUUAAUGCUGAGAGACACUUCACAGCCCACCCUCUGCCAUCAGUGUAAUAAAGUGUUACACACUAACCCCGCAUCAAACAAAGUUCAGAGUUUGGGUCCUACUUCUUUCCCAGGUAAACUACCUCAGUGGAGAUGAUCCCAGUAAAGGGAACUUUUGCUUUUUUUAGUGAUCCAGAUCAUUUCACUUCGUUAAGGAGACAAACAUUACUCACAUAUGAUAGCUGGCUUCUAGGGCCAAGUCUUUACAAAUGUCACAUCACUGGCACCCCUCCUCAGUGGAGAUGUCUGCUGCUAAGUGUAGUUUGGUAACAUGAAAAUGGUGAUAAUAUGAAAAUAAUUGAAGUUAUCUUUAGAAGAAGUUAUCUUUUAAAGCUUUUAAUCGUCAUUCCUUAAAUUAAUGUCUACAUUUCCAAAAUAUUGUUUAAAAAAAUAAUGAUCAACUGAUUGAUGGACAUGGGCCCAGCGUUGCUCAAGGGUUCAUAUACUGUAUGUCAGCUUCUGCAAGUUAUAAAUGCCACAUUAUAUAUAUGGAUAGGUCUUUGUCGUGGGCAGGGUUGAGGUUGACUGGUGUUGUUUCUCAGCCAACAUAAUGGUGCAUUCCAAGUAUAAACUACUUAGCUGUGACUGCUUGCUAUUUAUCAACCUCUCACUCUUCUUCUCCAUCCCCGCCCUUUCCUUAUACUGUGUGGUAAAUUCUGGCAAUAUAAAAAAACAAAAACAGGGUAAGUAAAAUGCCAACUGAAGACUUUAUCUUCACAGUUGAAAGUAAUGUCACUGUGGCUAUCUUUGGUUCAAGCUUCACUCAUCUGGAUUUAUAAUGUUGCAGGAAAUUGUUUCACAGAUCCUUGCCAUAAAAUAGAAUAACUUUGAUCACACACAGUGUACAACCAAACAAGUGAGCAAACAAACAAAUUAGAAAGACACAACUGUUUGCAUUAUAAUGGCAGAAAAAUGACACCACAGUCUGUAAAGCAGCAAGAUUGUUUACUCUUGUGAUGUCUUAGCCUUUGUUCUGAAUACAGACGAAACAAAGGAAUAGGGUGGUGAAGGCUCUUUUUAGAUGUAGCCAUGCAGCACAUUAGCCAUACAGCAAGUUAUGGAGUGCUUACUUGACAUUGGAGACAAUUUAUUUGACAGGAAAGACGAGACUAGUCUGUUGAGCCCUUUGCGAUUGUGAUUAGCAUUGCAGAUGCAGGUGUCAGUAGGCGUCAGUUUUAACAAAUUCAAGGUUUCCUUGUCUCCAGUGCAUGAUUAAAAUGUAACUCCAGUGCGUGGGAAAUUCACUAGAGCAGAAUUAUGCUUCAGCACACAGAUAGCCUAUUUUUUGCUCAGGUAUGUUUUGCACCUCCUCCCACUAAAGCUCUCUUGCGCUGAAGUCAAAACUGGCUCAAAGCUGCUGAAAAAUACUAUUUACUGCAGAUAAUCAAGAUCACCUUUUUUGUGACUGUGAUGGAAGACUGUGUUGGGAAUGAGAGUUGUGAAAAUUUCCUUAUGAAAAAGAAAGGACAAACAUCAUUUUUGACAGUGUCUGAAUAACAUUUUAAUACAUUUUCAACAUAAACAGUGUCCUGGUCACAGAUAAACGCUAGAUAAGACCACAGUUAUUCCCAACAAAAUAUAAAUAGAAUCAAAACCGAUUCAGAUUUAAUUAAAACCGACUCAGAAUUAAUUAAAACCGAUUCAGAUUUAAUUACCCCACAAAACAACCAGCAUUGUAUUGAUCUGUUUGUAAGUAAUUAUGCGAUCAAUCACACUGCAUAAUAUUCAUGACUGUAAACAACAGUAAGAGCCAAUAGUAUCAUCGACCAUUCAAAUCAAAUCUUGCAUUUUAUAUAAGCUGCAACUGCUCACACACACUUGCUGAACACUUCUAAAAAUCGAUCCAGAUCAGAGUUGGAUAUAACUGUUGAACAGAUGGUAUGCAGUUAUACUGAGCAAGGAAGAGCCAACAUCAGGUCUUUUUAUAGAUGGCCCACAGUAUAUGUAGCAUUAAAAAAGAAGUGUCUGAGUAUCAAAUACCCUAGAUUUAGACGUAGUAUUCCUGUCUUAGUGCUUUCCUAUACAUCUUUUUUUUAACUCAAGUAUUCACAAUAAAUGCUGAACAUGGCGCCUUUAAGAGCACCACCGCAGUUAUUGCAUUAAUAACUUAUGAGGUUAUUUGUUGCUGUAAUGUAAGUGGUUGUGGAGCUCUUUAUUAUUGCUUGCACCAUAGCAAAAACAGCAGACAACUGCUACCAAACAUCUUUGGGGUACUGUAAGUCAAAAUAUUCUAAAGUACCUGUCAUUCGUGCUGCUAUAUAUAAAGCAUCUCAACUCUCAGUAAUGUCAAGAGCGCAUAAUAGCACACAUCCUUUCCAUUGAGAAAUGAGGAAAUGAAGCAACAGGCAGGUCUCUGGAGGACGCACUCCUGUGGAAGGUACUAAUCAGAGGGAAGACGUCUUGGAGCACAAAAGCAUACUCAGUUCAGUCAGUGUGCACCUACAGUCCUCUGUCAUCAACACCCAAAGGAAAUGUUACAUUAUUUAAGAGCUCAAUGUGUAAGGGGAGCCAGAAUCUCUAUUUAACCAUACAUUAAUUAACACAGUGGUAUGUGUAUCUGAAAAUGAUAUCAGCUCUGUGUCAGAUUUUUGUAUUUAUUAUAAUGUCAAUUCUCUCAGCCAAUGGAGGAUAACAAGGACUUUCAGCAUGCAAUGUGUUUCUCAUUGUUAGACCACUUCAACAGUGAUAAUAGCCUUUGUUUCAAUGCAAUAGUUUUUCAAUCAAGCCAGGAGAGACAAUGCCAUAACAUUAUAUCUGGCACUAUCUCUGCCAAUAGCAACAUCAGAAACAAUAUCCUGCUUUACCUGGAUAAGCCAUAAACCUUGUGACUCAAUAAAACAUCAAUCAACAAUUCAAUCACUCUGUCUUUAUUUAUACAGCAUCAAUUUUCUUGUAUCAUUUUUCAGUGGCAAGAAAAGAGUUAAUUUCUACAGGCAGAAACCUCAAGCUGAACCAGACUCAGACCACGUUGGGCUGCAAAUGCAGAUAGAAAGGGAUGGCAAGAGACAGACAAGAGCAACAACAAAAUCAUGACAUUUUCCUAUGAAGAAAUUCUCUGACCUUUAUAAUUGUAAAUAGCAUGUUUUUUUUUUUCUCUUUUUACAGGAACAAGGUUAAAAGUAGGAGGCUGAUCCACAGAGGUUGAUGAAACAAAAACAUAAGAUCAGGGAAAUAAAAAGGGAAACUGUUAUGAUUUUGGAAUAAGAUGCUUUAGUUGAACCCAAAAGCAGGAUCGCAGGCAGAGUAAGUGUUCAGUGAUUUUAUGUAAGAGGAGGUGGGAUGGUGUGGGAGAAUCCAGGGUCGAAAGUGUGGGGGGAAUUCAGAAGUGAGGAGGACACAGAGGCAUGAGAGCUCGAGGUGAAGGCAGGUGAGUGACUUGGGUGCAAGAGUGUGGCAGUAUGGCAGAGGUUGGGCAAAGAGCUGGUGGCUUGUGGAGGCAAUGGAGGAAAAAGGAGGAGAGCGGAAUUAACUCCAGCAAACACACAACACUAGAAAAGCUCAAAACUUUUGCAUGAUUAGGUGCAGGUGUGUCGGUGCAGAAAGAGCAAGAGUAAAAUAAUCCUGAGACAAAAAUUGGAGUGAGGGUUUUUAGAUGAGUAAGUGUGAUCCAAAUGAUAAGGUGAGAUUCAAUAGGUUCUGGCAGACUAGACGAAACCUAUUCUGUCUUUGAAUCUGAAUCCUAUCUGUUUUAAGAGCAACUUUAGAAAUAAGAGCAUGCAACAGUUGGUGCUUGUUUUGUCCUAACGUUUCUCUGUAUUAUGUCGUGAUCUGUUGAGUUAUGAUGCAUUUGGGGCAGUGAUGCAUAGAUUACAUUAAAUAUCAAAGGUACUCCAAAACUAUUUAUUGCCUUGCAAAGUGAAGAGGAGGCAAUGUAUAUAGUAUUUUUUUAUCAUGCAAUAUCAAAAUGCCAUGACUGAGGCAAUAUAACACUCCAAUUUAGAUGGAAAUUUUACGUGUUAGGCCUCAUGGCACAGCUAAGGUGUCAGAAAUGACACCAGGUGAUAGACAAAAACAAAUCACACUGAUUUCCUGACAUCAUAUGGGUGGUAAUAAAAACAAACACUGAUUACUAGUCACAUAUGAUAAAGGGGGCAGGCUGCUUGCUGUUGCACAGUUUGAAAUAAAUAUUGUUUUAAUCCUGGGUGGUCAAUCUAGGUUUAUUCACCUCUGUGACAGGAUGCAGGAUGGCUUUGCUGGAGUGCUCAGUAAUAACACAAAUAAAAACAGUGAGCGCAGAUACAAACAGGUUGUUUGUCCAGGCAGGGAACAAAGCUUUGCUCCCAGGGAACACCCACUAUACCAUUGUAACCACCCAGUCAGAAUAGCUGACCAAUGAGCUGUUUUUUAAUGCACUUGGCCAAGUCAUCAUCAUAAAGAACUUCAAAGAAUACAAACACCAUUUCCCAAAGAGUGUAGCACCAGACCUAUUAUUAACAGCAUAUUUCCAGCUGUUAAGCCCCUGGCCUCCCAGCUGUCCUGUUGUGUGGACUGAUCUUUAGUCUGAGAGCACACUGCUUGCCGUGGGGCUAUAAGUCUGGUUGAGGGCCAAAGCCACAGCUUUAGUGGCUUUUAGGCUGACAGUGGUGGAGCUGCAUUGUGUGCUGCUGCUACACUGAGCAUUUGAGCUGAUGGUUGUAUGCACAGCAGCUUCGCAAUUGAGGGAAUUAUACAACAUAGCCAAAGACAAUCAUUAACUAACAAUUAUUUUUACUUAAUUUGACAGUUCAAACAAUGCACUUUGCUAGACAAUAAUCAAGUCAUGUUUUGAUUGUACCCAAAACCCGACAUCAAGAUUUGGGAUAUUUGGGGGCUCCAUUUUUCAUGUUUGUUAGUACCAGCAAACUGCCACACCUUGAAGUACACUUCAAUGUCUCCUUAGCAAGGAAAUAAAGAAUAACUGCGCCCAAAAAAUUAGUGGAGGGUGGCGACUACGCUGGAGUAGCCAAAGCACAACUGGACAUUAUUGUUGCAGUGUGUUCUGUCUGGUAAAGCCUGAGACAUGUAUGCUUUACUGACUUUAGAGAAGAGUUGUAAUUAAUGAAACGUGAAUUAUGAAAGCUGCCAUUCUACAUGCGUAUGAGCUAGUGCCAGUGGCCUAUCGACAACGUUUCCACUACUAUGCCAAAGUGAAAAGCAAACCUUCGUGGAAUUUACUUGAGACAAAUAGAUUUUAUUUGAUUGUUGGUGUACUUCACAAAAGGUAAAAACAAAAGAAGCCUUGUGACACAAAAACUGUGGAGGAUGAUGUGAUAUGGCUGAUAAGCAUGUUUUGGCCCACAAGAUGUCAUAUAGAUGUCAAGUUCCAUCCUGAGACAAAGGGCUCUAUUUUCGUGCCUCGCUGGAGACGUGCCGCAGGCGCGGCGUAAGUAUCCCCCCUCCCUAACUCAGUUCCUCCCAGCGGCGUAAGUUGUAGCGAGGGAGGAGAGAGGGCGUGGAGUGGCUUUAACACAGCCGAGACCUGUAUUGAUCAAUAACAUCAGCUCCUCUCCUCGCCUUUAAAUCCGCCACCAACGAGGCGUAUUACUAUUUUCGUGAAGUAGUCAAAGAGAUCAAGAGAUGUCUGAAGACAGUAAUGCCACACGAUGGCGACAGAAGGCAGCUUCUCAACAAGUGUUGUUGCAGAGGGUGUCCUCCACACUCUCUCAUAUGAGUACAGAUGGAUUUGGUGUGUGUAAUGUUGUACCUACUGGUAAGACAAACACCCUUUUCCACAAAUAAAGACACUCACAGAAAGUUGCACAUAUUCAAACCUCACGUGACAAAGGUGGGUUGUGCGCAGAGAUCACAUCAUAAAUUACAAUAAUGGCAUUAAAAUCGGAACCAUCUGUGCGUAAUGACGCAUCAUGCUCCGUGGCCUGGCUCUUUUUUUCAUAGAUGUUGGCAUAUAAAAUAAAUUUGGCUCACAAAACUGAAUAUUAUAAUAUUCGUAUGUAGGCUUAAAGUAAAUAACUCAUCUGAUCACUGAAACAAAUCAUCUGUUCAGCCGCCGCAGCAGCAGGACGGGGAGAGGACACAGAGACAUGUCCAGGUCGAGCUGCGCGUGAAAUAAGAGGAAGAGGAAGAACGAAAAGGAGGGAGACGAAUUACAUAUCUUGUUAACUUCAUCAUGUGUGUUUAUUUACUAGAUAUUUAAUUUAAUUUGAUGCAGAUUCAGCUGUGUUGAUUCGGUCAGGUUGUGUGUCCAAACGCGUGCCAGAUGCGCUCAUCAGAUCAGAUAUAGAUCAGAAUAUAUCUAUAUAGAUCUAAAUAUAUGUGCUGACUCAGAUUAUUAGUUAUUGUUGAUUAUUUAUAGCACUGAAAUGUUCCUGACACUGUGGAAACCUGCUGGUGAGGCAUCAGUGACGUAUGACGAUACGGCGCUGGUCUACCAAAAUACCACGAGACCAGCUGCACUCUGCCUGUGCUGAAAGCUGACCAGGUUUGAAUCGGCGAGCUUUCAGCGCACUUUAUACGCCAGUGGCGAGCACGAAAAUGUCACUUCGCCCACUGAUUCUGUCAACACCUCCCCCUGCCACGCCACCACGCUCAGUUUGGUGGAUCUUGGUGCGCCUCAGUCCACGAAAAUACCAAACUGUCUGUACGCCGGGCUCCGCCAGACGAAAAUACAACUGCGCAGGAUCCGCCAUCCUCUGCUGCCUCACCGGCGUACACGAAAAUAGAGCCCAAAGACUCAAAGUCCUUUAGCUACCAACAUUACCUGGGUCAGCCUUACAGACCAGGUUUUUAGGGCCCUAUGUUGUUGAGAAGAAGUUGAGUGACACUGAUUUUGUUAUUUGUACUCAUGACAGGAAAUGCACGUUUCCUGUUUGUCAGCUGAACAUGUUGAAGCUACAUGCUCCCUAGCCCUAAGGGGGACAAGGCCUCUUGUCUGAAGCUGGUUAUAUUGGUGCCGUUUCGGUUGUUGCUGCAUGUCCCGUUGAUGUAACUAAGCUAAAGAAAACUCACCUGCAUUGGCUGCUCGACUUCAGAACUCCCAGAUUUUGGAAAAUUUCAAGACUUGUGUGUCCUAUUUACAGCCACUCAAAAGACGGAUGUUCUUAGGCUAAUUCUGCUUUGUAAAGGCUUCCUUGACUCUUAACCUUAGCAAAUGUGAGUUUUACAGAGCUACCAUUACUUACCAUCGCAAGGAGGUAGGUCAGGGUCAGGUUUGGCCCAUGACAUCCAAGAUCAUUGCUGUUGCCCAGUAUCCUGUCCCCAGUACUAAACAUCAGUUCAGAUGAUUUCUGAAGUUAGCAGGUAAGUAACCUGCUAACCCCGAGCAUUUUGCUGGAAUUUUGCCAGAACUGACUUAACCAGUCAGUCCCACUCAGGAUUUGGUGUGGGACUUCAGAUGUGAGCAGGCUUUUCAAGCUGUCUUGUGCAACUCCCAAAUUCUUGCUGCCCCUAAUAUUGCCAUACUGUUCAAGCUUGAGGUGGAUGCCAUUAUUACAGGUGCUGGAGCUUUCCUGAUUCAGGAAGAUACAGUAGGCACUGACCAUCCUGUGAGCUACUUUUCUCAAAAGUUCUCACAGGCCCAGCAGAACUACUGUACUAUUGAAAAAGAAGCCCUUGUGUUGCAGUGGGCUUUUCAGCACAUUGAGGUGUGUGUUGGAUCCUCUUUGCAGCCUGUUGUUGUUUUCACUGAUCACAAGCUGUUGUGUUUUUUAAUUGCAUGUACAACAGCAACCAGAGGCUAAUGCACUGAGCCGACAAGCCCAUAGCUAUAAGAUUGGGAUUUACUGCAAGAAAGGCAAAAAAAUGUUGCUGCUGAUGUGAUGUAACGUGUUUUUAAAUGAUGUCACAUCCUGUGCCAUCUUUAUGGGGGGGAGUGUUACACCAGGGUUUCUCCCUGUCUCAGUACGCCUUAACACUACCUUUUACAGUAAAAUAUAUUAGCAAACAAACUGAACUCAAAAAAGCAAAUCCAGUUAUUUCUUAUUUCUUGUUGAAAUGAAACACCCCCCAAAAAGAUCACAAACAUAUACAAUGUUAAAUAAUUCCAAGGACAUUUUACAUCCUUUAACAUUUGGCUGACAUCAGAGUCACUGACAAGGCUCUGGAAAUAGUGUGAGGGUGCCUACAUUGAUGUUUUCAGGGACUUGGAAGUUGAAUCUGAACUCAACAUGAACUUGCUGAGCUCUGCAUUAAUGCAAACUUUGUGGAUUUUAUGUAAUUUGAUGAGUUUGCUUGUUUGUCAAACCAAGUGCAUUGGAUUUAAUGCAAUAAGAUUAUUGCAUUAAUGUACUUAGACCACAAAAUGUUUUGAAAGAGCUGUUUCUGCAAAGCAAACCAAAUGCCACAAUAAACUAACAGUGCAAUGCUGUUGGAACAGUCACAAUUUGAGGAGAGAACAUCCUGAAUGUGUUGCCUUUUCCUAAUCUUGCAAAAUGUGCAAGCAGUCCUUCUCACUGUUUUUGUCAGCUGCUUUGGGGAUUAAUUAGCAGAGCAGUGUUAGAAACAGAUCCUCUGCAAAAGAAGGCUGUCCCUUAUUUUUCACACUGCAUCAUGUUCUUACAGAGACAGAAAGCUUACUACAGGAGGAAACUCUGGGCUAUGGAGACAAAUAUACAGUUUUUGCUCUUUGCUAGGUGAGGAAAUGUAAAUGUCACUUGGCAAUACUGAAAGUGUUGUGGAGACCUUUCUUUUAACUAAUUAAAUAAAAAAAAAGGGUAAUGACAUUAAAAAAACAAGGGCAUCUAUGUAGGUUGGUUAUUUUUGUGUAAAUGCACAGCUACACAAUUUAGAGUAUCAUGGAGGGGAGAGGAGUCCAAUAUGCAUGGCUUAUCAACAGGGUGCUUCAGGGGUCAUUGCUUGGUCCCUUCCUUUUCUCAAUAAACACCAUCUCACUUGGUGUAAUCAUGCACUCCCACAGCUUUUCCUAUCACUGUUAUGCAGAUGAUACACAGCUUUUCCUGUCUUUUUCAUCUGAUGACACAACUGUCUCAGCUCAGAUCUCAUCCUGCCUUGCUGAUAUUUCUAAAUGCAUGAGAAAAUGUCACCCUCAGCUCAACUUCCUCAAGAUUGAGUUUAUUAUUCCAGGCAGUCCCACUCCCAAUUCAUCCAAACGAAACAAAAGGGCCCUCACUAGGGCUGGGUACCAAACUUCAGUUCUUCUAUGGCAAAGACCAAAACGCUUCAGUGGUACCAAGUAUCAAAAUAUGUCUUGUCUUUUGGUGCCAAGUUCCUGUACCCAGGUAUUAAUCACGUGAUCAGGAUUUGAUAAUGGCACCGGUGAUUGGCUAUAACAUUACAUGUGGUUGUGGCAUGCAGGAAAAAUAGAUACAGGUUACGCCCACGGACAGGAUUCACGUGUGCCAAACAGUAACAUUGCUGUAAUUGCGUGUCUCGAACCACUGAGGUCAAAAUCGUGGCUUUACUUUUGCAAAAUCAAUGUCAAUAAAGCAUGGUGCAAUAUACAGUAUGCAAAAAAAAUCAAACAUCAUUGCUAAGGCUGGCAACAAUACAGAUUUAAUGAAGCAUCUAACAGUGCACGGUAUUGAUUUAAGAACGGAAUGUUGCUCUGUGUUUGAGGGGACCACAGCCAUUCACUUCCUCUCAGCAUUCAAGUCUGCCUGUGGAUGUUACAGAGCCAGAGUGGCCGGAAUCAAAAUGUCCACUGCCUGACUCUGCUUCAUCUGACAAUACCAAGGGUGGAGCCCUCUCUAGGAUUACAACAGGUCAGUUUACAUUCAGCGAAAUUUGGCUAGCUUUUUCUUGCUUGGUAACUUAAUGUUACUGCAACUUGAUACGUGCAUUGCAUGGUGAGUUAAACAGGGAUCCAUGUAACGCGAACUUAAGAUAGUAGUGUGUAGCUUUAUUUCAUGGCUGUGUAGCUAGCUAAAUCAAAAGCUAACUAAUGACUGACAGUAACAGACAAAGUUUAGCUUGUAAAAACUCAUCAAUGCUCAUCAAUUGAGUGGGCUAGUUAAACAGCUCAGUUACAUUUGCUGUUCUGUUUUUCUUCUCACAGCAGCCUCUGACCCUGAUGUGAGAAGGAAAAGGCCAGUCAGUGUAAAUCCACUCACACUGACAAGAAAGAGGAAAAUGUCAAAAGAAAAACAAGAUGAGUAGCUUAUUACUUUGUCAGUGUGAACUUACAGUAUGUGCUAGGCUGUGAUCUAGCUAUUUAAACAAUGUGUAUAUUUUUUAGCAGACUGGAGAGACUUUCUGAUGAUGAAUAUAGAAAAGCAGAACAGAUUGUCAGAGUUAUGAAGAUACUCUACACUUCAACCAUCUGCAUCUUCACUGAAAGGAGUCCAACUUUAGACCAGAUUCUGCCCAUCUUGGGGAAACUCCAGCACCACUUCACAGUCACAGUCAUGAUGAAGACUCCUCCUUUACUCAGACUAUCAAGGACAAAAUCUAGGGUGACCUCUCACAACAAUACCAAGUAUGCAGAAUAAUCUUGUAGAUUUCUCAGUCAUUCUCUAGGUAUACUCAGAGACAUGACAACUGUAAUAUGGUUUUGUCUUGCAGGAUGAGGCAUCAGGUCAGUUCUUGGAGGAGAUUUUGUAACACAAAAGAUGUUUAUUGCUAUUGGUAGUAUUUUAUUCCUCUUCAAUUGUAGAUCAGUUUAUAUGACUCCCAUAAUCUAUUAGAUACAGGGAUAUAUUAUUUGUACUAUUGUUUAUUUUCCUUGGUUGUUUACAGUUGUACAGUGUUUACAUAAUUUACUGUACUUGCUGCUCUAUGUGCCUCAGUACAAAUCAAUUUUUUUAAAUUAAAUUCCUGACAGUAAUUAAGCAGACAGUGACAGUUAAUUGUGUUAAGUGACCUGUGCAUGAUUCUUACAGUAUUCAACAAUACAUCCCUAAAAGUAUCUUGUGGCUGCAUUGCAAUGCAGUUUCUUGAGGCUGCACUUUGUGGCUAAUUACUUAUAAAUGGACAUAUUUCCACAAAAAGCUUUUUAAACAACAAAUGCUUGAAGGAAACUAAUCAGGCAAUUGUUGCCAGUAGUUCUUUGGAAAACAAGUACACUGCUUUUACAAGCCAUUAAGUAGCUGUAAUGUUUCUAGCCAUUUAUUAUUUUUGAUGAAUCAUUAAAAAGAGAGCAAUAGCUUGGUGCACUGAAAUUUACAUGACAUGGGCCAAGUGUAGUUAACAGUUCCUUGUGGAUAGGACUUCCAUCACUGUGUUCAAUCAUGUUUUACAAAGCAACUCAUCUUAAAAAUUGAUGUAUAUGGACAUUUAUAGAUUUUGAAUCACUGACAAUUUCAAAAGGGCUGCUUAAUUGUCUUCCUCAUCAAAUAAUCCUCUGUCAUACUGGAUCUUUACUACCGAACAGCAGAAAUAUAAAGUGUUAGUGAUGGUUGAUCAAUGCAAGUACUUCUCUCAUUGUAUAUGCUUAAAAAUCAUUAUGAGAAAAAGAGAUGUUUGUGUAGGUUAUCAUUCAUCCAGGUCAAGGUUAUCCAAUACUUCUUUGAAAGAGCAACUGGACUUGUUCAAGGUUGUGGAGAAACUCUGAUACUCUUAUCCAAUGCUUCGUUGAAAUGGCAACUGGACUUGUUUGAGGUUCUUGAGGACAUUUCGCCUCUCUUCCGAAAGGCUUCUUCAGUUCUGAACUUUACUGAGCUAAAUAGGCACUCUGGAAGAGAGGCAAAAUGUCCUCAAGAACCUUAAACAAGUCCAGUUGCCAUUUCAACGAAGCAUUGGAUAAGAGUAUCAGAGUUUCUCCACAACAUUUUUCCAGAAUACUAACGAGAAGAAUCUAAUCUAGAAUAACUCCAGGUGAAGUCUUUGACAAAGUCCAUAGUCCACUGCCAAAGAUCACCUGUACAAAUAUCUGAACUGGUGUGUUUGAAAACAAGCAUGGCAACAAAUGUUAUGUAAUAUGAUUUGAAAUUAUACCUGUAAUGAGAAAUAUGAAGUGCAAUAAAUAAAUGCAAUAUGAAGUAUGAGCAGCUGUCACUAUUUAUACUCUCCUCAUGUGUCCCAUAAAAGAAAAUAGAUAAGGUACUAAUGGAUGUGAGCCAUCAGUAGUUCUCCAUCCUGUUAGACACAGACGAAACCCCUGAAGAAACCCCUUUGUCCUCAGCUGUAUUGAUUUUCUGAUAAAUGCUCGACUUUCUUGAAGGUUACAAUUUGUAAGAAACAUAUUAACAGGAAAGCAUAGCUAUGCUGCUCAGAGAAAGAUUUUGAAGAGAAAUUAAAAAGAAGCCUGGCUUUAAUUUGUCAAAGGGGAGCCAAACUUUGUUAGUAUUUCCUGCUACUUUUUACAGUGGCUCGAGGUAAUUGGCACAAAUAUUUCAGGAGGGCAACAAAAAAACAAAAACGCAUGAAACAUGAAAAUAUUUCAAUAAAUGCAAAAAAGAUUUUGUAAAAAAACAAAACAAAUCAAUAAAUAAUUCACAUUAAAACAACAUAAACUUAAGAAACACAAAAUUAAAAUACAUAUAUUUUAACACAAAUAAAUUUUUAAAAUGUAAGAGUACAGGAAAUAGAUAAUUAAUUUAUGCAUGGUAUACACUUUGUCUAAAAGCUUUAAAGUGAAUGGCAGAAUGCAUUAUUUUCUGGAACAUUUAUUCAUGCAUGCAAAAAUGAGUUAGCUUGGCUUUUCAGUAACUAUGGAGAACAUUGUGUCAUCCAAACCCAGAGGUUAUUAUUAUUUCCUGAUAUGUUUGCAGAGAGUCAGUUAUGCAGCUGGUGUUAAAAGCAGGUAUUAUUUUGUGAGAGCAUCUAUAAACCACAGAUACACACUCUCACACACAAUGGAAAAAUGGAACUAUGUUUAUUGGCACUUUUCUGGUCAUCUGACCCCUUAAGAGCACUUUUUAUAUUACAAGUCACAUUCACCCAUUUACAUCCCAUUAACAGACUGAUGGCAAAGGCUACUAUGUAUAAAGCCGAUCAGUUGGGCCAAUGGGUGCAGCCAGCAGGGCGGGUAGCGUCAAGUGUCUUACCAAACGUAAUUCCUGCAUGAGGACAGUGAGUCUUGGGAUCAACUUUUUGAUUUAAGGUUCUACUACUGAGUCAUGUGCACGCACAAACAUGUGCACACACAAUUUUUUAUCUGUAACUUAACUUACAGGCACAGGUACAGGUACUGCGUACACAUCCUUAUAAAUUUGUUAUAGGAACAUGUUAUUUUUGAUAAUGUCAUACCCUACUGUCACUUUUCAUUUAAAAAAAUCCCCUGCUUUAGCAUUUUGUGAGUAUGAAUAAGACAUUUUUCUGAACUAGAAUUAUAGAAAUGACAACUUUAUUUCAAUGAUAAAUAGAAUGGGUUCUAUAGCACUGCUUAUAAACAUUGCUCUUAACUAUUAUGAAUGCUCAAACACUUGAUAAUGCAUUUUUCAAGGGUUCAUAUGAAGAGUUACCUGAGUGGAUUUUUUUUAACAACCGUAGUUUAAAGACAUUCUUUGUCUAAAAGUUAAUAGAACAUAAUCUGAACUAUGUUGCGUCUCUGCUGUAAUCUGAGAGAUAAUUGUUUUGUAAAGCACAGAGAAAUUGACAUUGUUUUUACUUCUGUGAAUUUGCUGAAAAAUUAAGGGUUUUCAGCUUUUAGAAUUGUGGUAUGAUGUGUAUAGCCUUGCUGUGAUUAACCUUUUAGGAGCCUCCCGCAGGGCAUGUGAACUGUGUCAAGCCCCUGUUAAAAGUGACCUAUGAUCUGUUACUGAUUUACACCCUCAACAGAACAUAGACAUGCUUGACAGCUUUUGCUAAUGCGGUUGAUUUACAGCUUCUACUUAACCUCCAUCAGACUGAGGCUGUCCUGCUUGGAUGUGAAGCUAUACUGAUUGGAGGGGUCGAUAGAAAACCACUUCCUCCUUUCGUUCCAUUGGUGCUACAGCUGUUACAUCAACUUGAAUUCCUUUGUAGUUGAAGUGAAUUCUCAUGUGUAACAGCAGAAAUUGUUAAUCCAGCAGAGUGAUUUGGUGACAGGCAGAGGUGCUAAUCCUCCCAAGUCAUUCAGUGCUAGGGAGGACUGCCUAAUCCUUUGCUGGAGGUCUGAUGUGAAAAAAGAAAAUACUAACCUCCAGAAAAAUGAUAGGAGGGUCUUAGAGAAAGUUUAAACUUCUACUUCACAUUGAAAUUGGCACAGUAAAUGUUUCCUGCUCCUCUGUGGACUUUGCCAUUAAAAAUCUUUGAUUCUAAGCCAAAGAAUUAUUCAUCUGAUGACUGACAGGACAUUGAAAAUGUGUUUUAUUGCAUGGGCAAACAGAGAUCAUGAGUACUGCAAAACAUUGUUUUUAAAAAAAUAAAGGGAAACUGAAGCGUCUCGUUGGUGGAUGUCUCUGCUGUUCUGAUGUCUCACAAGAUCUCACUCGUUGCAGGGAGAUGAAAGAGGUCACAAGAGUGAGUGACACCAGGAGAGUCACAAACUGGCAGUGGGAGGAAAAGGGAAACACUUGCAUUUCUGUUCUCAAGGCUUAAAAAAAUAACCUGAGCCUGUUAGUGGUGAAAUAAAGCACAAGUAGUGGGCACAGUUUUCUGUAAAUGUGUAAUUGCCCAGUCAAACUACAUUUUAGCUCGUUUUGAGGCUACCAGCUGCUCCACUCUAUCUCAAUACUGGACCAAUUUCAGAAAUUGUUCUCUCCAUCAGUCAUGCACACAUAAACACAUGGGAAAAUUGGGCUCAGGUUAAAAAAACAGUUUCCCUUUUAGGGAGGCUCCUUAUACCUUUUUUACAUUUUAGACCUUGAAAGUGAAGUUGAAAUAUGUAAAUAUCAUAGAAUAUAUGAAAAUGGACUCCCUACAAGUAUUUUUAACUCAUUGAACAUGUAGUUGGUGACUUUAAAAUGUUGUCAUCAAAGGAAGUCUUGGCUCCAAGUUAAGCUGCUGCCACUCAAUAUAAAAAACGAUGAUUAUAGUACACUCAGCUCGUAGGUGUUUGUAGCCCAACAUUUCUGGGAAGUAACAAAGAAAUAAUAUGAGAACAUGUGCAUACCCAGUGUUUAGGUAGAGCAAACUUUCCAGGGAUUCAGAGUCCUAAGGGGGAAAUGAAUAUGCAUGGUAUCAUAUUGUAGUCACAACUUCUUUGCAGCUUAUUUUUUUCAGUUAAUAAAAAGACUAUUUUUAUAUAUUAUAAACAGUGUAUAUGGUCAUAUGUGCAUUUGUUCAGGAUUGACACUUUAACCCCUGUGUUCACUAGAAGCGGGAUGUAAGCUGAGCCCACAUGAUAUGUGCAGAGCUUAAAUGAAGGCUGUGAGGUCUGUACAGUGUUAAUGGGGACAGCAGCAGUAUCACGGCCAACAGGAGAGGAGUGACAGCAGCGUGCCAAAUGGUUUAGCUUGUUGCAGUUACGACAACAUUUUCCCUGGGCAGAGCAUGACUGAUCUCUGGUUGCAUGUAUAGUGGAGCUACAGUUGCUACAGCUCUUGGCCCCACUCUCUCUGGGCCUCCUGUCCACUCUCUGUACAUCCAAGCUAUCACUGCCACUGUCAGCAGUCCCUGUGUGAUAAGCUGAUGACAGUGGUGACGUCAUAGCCGAACUUUUCGUGUUUUCAGUGUUAACUACUUAAAUCAAUGUGACUGUAAUGGUUUGAGACAAAGGGCACAAACUAAAUUCAGUCUUUUUAUUCAUGCAUUGCUGCUUUGAUGAAAUUUGCUCUCAAUUUUCCAGCAGUGGCAUGAAAGUAAAUACAAGGGCCAUUACAUCAUUCCAUCUUGUUAUCAUUCUCAUUAGUUUGAUCCUCUUAAUGACUCAUAUCAAAGACUGGUUCCUAUAAAACACAACACUGACACUUGGUGUGAGUUAUAUGCUUUCCUAGUAGAUAUGCUCUAUUUAUGACGUUUCCAGUAUUUUUUAAAUUUGAGUUUCUACCAUUGUUCUCAUUUCCUAAUAAAUCCAGAGAAGUGUCUGUUGAAUCUUAAAGACAAGGACAGACUUUAAUCAAUACAGGCACCAUAAAAUUGCAACAGACUUCGACUAGGACAGAGCAAAUGCAUCCCCCUGAGUUCUGUGGCAAACAUAAAAAUGUUUACAACACAGACUCUUAACCCACCUAUCCCCCUUUUACAACUGAAAGAGACAAUGUUUUGAAGAAGCCAACAAGAAUAUCUUUAACUCCAUAGCAUUUACCAUGGCCUCGUGUGUGGACUGUUGUAGUGUUUUAAUUUGGUUGCUAGGAUUUCAUAGAGCCUAAACAAAACAUAAACCCAACCCCUUCCCCAGCUAAAGUAAGCCUGGGGUGGCAAUCCUACAUUUGUCACAAAAAAAAAAAAAAAAAAAAAGUGGAACGAAGCUACAAGACAUUUUUGAAAUCGGUUACACAAAACUUGUUUUUGCAGAAGAUAGCAUUAGAGAAAUGGAUGGAGAAAAAAAUAGUGUAAUAGGCUGACAAAUUGUAUUUCGGUGAAUGAGGAAGGGGCCUAUGAGUCAGUGUGUGUACGCAUAUACCAUGAAAAAUGGAUGAGUUCUACCUCCCGAGACUAAAAUUAGACAGAAACCUUAUAUGGUGAGUGUCCUUCAAGUAACUCUCUGAUUUAUAUGCAACAAAAGGAGACAGGGUAAGCUAAAAAAACCUGCUAUUCCACAAUGCACUUGCAAGGAUAGGCAGGAAAAAUGCAAAGCAAGACACCAUGCAAAAUCUGAUCAUGUAUUUUGCAGAAAACCAGAGCAGUCAUUGCAAUAUAGCAAUGGUCUUUUUUUAAGCAACCCUUUUGAUAAAAUAUGAUUACUGUGUGACUGUCCUUCUGUGGCAACAGGGUUAAGGUAGAAUAUCAAGUAGCCUUAGGGCUGUAUUAACCACACUAAAUUUAUAUUGAUGGUCCACUUUCAUUUACCACAGAUUUUAGUAUUUUUAGUUGAUAACAGUCAGGAUUUGUAUGGCAAGCUGUCAAUAGAUUAGCUGCAAGUUUUUUCUUAAAUAAUGAGAAAGGACUUAAAGCUAUGGUCUACCAUUUGGAAGCUUGGUACUUAUAUUAAUAACAUUGUUUAUAAGGCCGUUAUGGUCCUAUGGUCCGAUCUACGCAUAUAAAGAUCAUAAAGAACGAAAAAAAUCCAUUCAGUAUGUCCACUGCAAAAAGGCAUAAUAAUCGACAACUCCGAACCGGCAGCAGUUGGAGUCCAUCCAAUCCCCUGUCUCCCCUGCUUCGCACCGUCCCGUCCAUGGUCCCGCCUCCUCCCCACUACCCCCCUCACGUACAUGUGAUUAGCGAGCUGCACAGCCGCUGAAGCGUAAUGGAGCUGGAGAAGACAAACAACGAAACCAGGAGGCCGCUUCUGUUACCCUCCACAUCGAAGGGAAGGAAACAUGAAAGUUUCGAGGAAAAGGCUGAAGUAAGGAAGAAAUAUGAGUGAUACAGGUGCCAAAGGGGAGUCUACACUGGAGAAACAUACGACCAGUGUUGUGCCGUAGAAUGCACCCCUUCAUCCCAUCCACUCAUUAGCUUCUUAAAGUGGAGGAAAAGGAUCUCAUAUUUUAAAAAAAAACACGAAUAUUGGAUUAUGACAGCAUGUCAAAUGGAGCAGCAAACUUUCGUUCUGUUUUUAUGUGGCUCAAAAACGCACAUAUAGAGGUGUACUUGGGUAUAUAAACUGUACAGUAAACUGUCAAGUUAGAGAACAUUAUAUUUUCAGGACAGCAAAUAUUCCGAAUCAGAGAGCUAUUUUUUCGGCUUAUCUCAAUAGAAAUCAUUAAAGGCACAUGCUUUUGAAUCCAUCCAGCGGUAAGGAAAACUUGGAUUAUUUCACCUUGUUAUGUACUUUCAACCACGCGCACGUCAGGGGAGGCAUUCUACGGCAAGGUUGCAUUCUAUGACACAACACCGGUAGGAAAAGCUGCUGAAGGGUUUGGGACUGAAAACUGAUGCUGAGACAGCCGAAUUUCUGUUGAACAGGUAAUUACUUUGUUUACUACAGUGGGAGAUGUCUGCUGAAUAACUCUGGUUAGUCUGUGCCUAUACUGGCUAAUGACUGAACGUUGUUGGUCGGAACGGGUAGGCUCUGUCAAUAGAUUUUUAGCAUAAGUUAGCCACGCAUCUUUAGCAUUGUAAACUGAGCUGGUGAAGACACGCCGAGAAAGGUAAAGCCUCGCCCACAAUCGUCUCUGCCCGCUUCGCCCUGCUAAUAUAUGGUUUUGAUCGCUGGUCCAAUUGAAAUGGCUACCACUGUGUACCACUGACCAUAGCUUUAAGUGGGUUUUCUCCAUUGUUUAUUUUGUGAAAAUAAGCAAUGUGAUAAAAAAAUCUUUGUAGUAGAUGUAACCUCCCAUGGUUUUUUAUUCAAGUUUGUCCAUUUUUCACACACAAUAACACAGAAUUUUUACUUUUUCUAAGUGGAAUGUGUUUUGUCGUCCAGUCACAUGUGUCCAUUAUAUGUAAGGGCUUUGUGAAGACAUCAUGCACUUUCUUGCACUUUCUGUGGUGAUCAGUGUGAACUACAGUAUAUAGAUAGUGCACCGUAAAAUUCAAUUAAAAAAAAAAAGUGUUUUUAUGUGAGAUAACUUUGAAGUCGAUUUAGCUAAAAACAGAUUUUUUUGUGAACACGGUUAACCUUGCAGCAUUUUUGUGAAUGAAAGGGUAAUAAUACAAACUUGUACAGGGCUAGAGAUAUUAUGAGGCCCUAGAGCGAUUGUCAACAUCAUCUGGAGGGUGAAAGCUAAAAGGGUGUUAAAAGGCAUUUCAAGCAUGACAACCACAGAAAAUGGACACCAUGUCCACAGCAUGGAGGCUUUGUUACCAAUGGUUUGUGUUUUGUGUCUUCACUAUGGGAGCUGUGGUUUAGAAGCAUUAUUCCAUCCCUUCUACUGUCUGUCAGUACAAAUAAAUUCUAAGUAUUUUGUGUUUUUUUUUUUUUAAAUCCAGACCAGACACUGCGGGGUGAUGUAUUAUCCCCCUUGAUCUGGCAGUACAGCAGACAUACAACAAACGACAUAGUGGAAGAUGGGGAAACGCCAGUGAUAGCUCAACAGGGCAUCGCUUCAGAGGAAACACGGCCAGUGGUGCAGAAAGAACCUGUUUAAUUGGGAGAGUCUGAAUGCACAAGCACUAAUUAGCCACAAAGAACAUGGUUCAACUUCCGAAUCCCAACAGCAUGCUGAAAACUCUGCUGACAUUUUGCGAGCUGUAGGGUGGUCAGUGGGUGUGCGGAGUUCCCAGAAUAGCAAAUGCAUUUUUCUUGUUAGCAUUUGUGUUCAAUACACACAGAAUUACCAUAAAACUGAGCUUGACUGGUAAUAUAAAGUAAUGGGGAGGGUUGCGUGUAUUGUUGCACAGUCCACAUUUUAAUAUUUCAGUUCCUCUGUCUCUUUUCUUUGUAUCUUGUGUCAAAUGGUAUGGACAUUAAAAGAGAAAUCAGUGAUUUUUUUGUGUAUCUUAAGACAAUAUCGGUGAAUGACCCUCAUGCUUUGAAUAAUUAGAGGACGGCAAUAAUGCCCCCGUAUGUCAAAUAGUGCACUGUUAAAAGGGUCAUGAACACAAUUUGUCAGCAUGUUUGUUUGUGCAGCAAUAUGAUGGAAAAAGGAUGAAGAGGAGUGUUUAAAGGUGUGUGCUUCCGGGUUGAUUAUCAUGUGUAUGCUAUAUAUGUUUAUAGUGCAGCAAUGAUUAUCUACAUGUACUCUUUCAUUUGAAAUAAUUCCAUUAUGCAUUCCACUCUUACAUCCAGGGGGGAAAAAAAAGAGUAAAGCAGUGAGACAUGGGCUUGUGCUUUAAUGUUUCAUGAGUACUGUACACUGUUGAUACUACUGGACUGAUGCAAAGUGACGAAUGAAAGCUUGAAAGAAAUACAACACUUCUUUUUAAACCAAUAAAAACGCUAAAAGUUUAAUGUGGGAGUGAAAUGAAUAAGAUAUAUGUGGAGAAAAUGAUAAUGGCAUCUCUCCAAGGCGCUGGGUGAAUAAUUACAACCAUGUUAAUGAAUUCAAAGCAUUGUGUUCACAAAGCUGUGGGUAUAGGAUUUAUAGUAGACAAUUUUUUGCACAAUUACCACAAAAGCUGGCCAUGCACUUAAACCGAACAUAAUGUACUUAUAACAUUAACUUUGAGGUAUGUCACUGCAGAAGGAAUUCAACACAAGGACACAACAUAAAGCAUUUGGUUAAUGAGCACCUCAAGGCAAAAGGAAAUGUCCCAUGCACACAUUCUGCCAAUAUUCAUUAAAGAUUCAUUUGUAAUUUCAUUGCUUCCAUAAAUUCAUAGGUGCAGUCCAACCAAACUAUUCUGUCUAAAAUUCAUUUGCUUUGCUCCUGUAAAAUGCUGUUGAUUUUGAAAGUGGUUCAAUACCUGAUUAUCGAAAGUUGUAAUAAUCAGGUAUUUAAUGGUUUUCAUCUUGACAGAUAAGACCACAGAUCCAAAGUAAUGUGUGUUGAGAGCAUUGCUUCAGUAUUACAGAGGUCUCUUUGAAGAGUUGUAAUCAAUUUGUCAAGGUUCACUCAGUUAAAACCGUAAAAGAAAUCACAGUCAACUCAUGCAAACAAGGAUUUUUUAAAAGCACCGGAGUGUGGCUUUCAUCAUUCUUUCUGUAUUUAUGCUUUAUCACUAACUCUAUGCCUCAUUUUCCCUUCAUCUGCUUUUCCCUCUCUCCCUCUCAUGGUGACUCAUGCAUCACCCCAUGGCUCUCCUUUCGGCUGUCAAAUUUUCAACACUUUUACUGACUCUAAUCUAAUUCAGGAGCAAAUCCCAAAACGGUCAAUUCUACAUUCCCUCUCAAUGGCCCCAAUUACCAUCAUCAUUUGCUCGGGAUUCUGAGAUCUCACAGGUUUUUAAACCAGCCAAUGAUGCUCCAAGCCUUUAUGAAAAUAUGAACAGGUUUAAAGUAUGUCACUCACUUCCCCCUGCAGUACAGUGUCCCCCGUGCCUCUUAGGUCACCCUGGGUCAGGUGACCACAGAUAUAGUGUACACAAACAGGCCAACCCAGGUCAAGAGUCACGGGCCAGUGUUGGUAUUGAUAACUUAGUAAUUGUCAAUAAAUGAUUUGAAUUCCCAUGAGUUCUCUGGGAAAUAAUUUUAAAAAAAGCUUUGAUUGUGGUGCAGUGUGAAAGAUAUUGUUUUCAUUAACUCAAAACGUGCUUCUGGAUAAGAAACUUAAAUUUUAGACCACAUUUCCGAAGAUCCUGUCCUUACUUUUCAACAUGUUUGAAGAGAGUUUUCCUCAUCUGACAUAUUCUUUCAAUCAUAGCAAUAAAGCAUAAAAGCUUCGCUCCCAUUUUGCUGCAAUAUCAAAGGCCUUAUUUUAACAAACCUCUAAAUCAUUUGUUUAUAUGGAGCAGGUGCCACACAGCACAGAAAAAAAAAAACUCAGACACACAUUUGUUUUAAACCAUUAUUUCUCUGAAGGCUUUUGGUAAAAAACGUGGAUCCCACAAUGAAUGGAUUACUGAUAUUUCAGUAGCUGCUACUCUUGGAUAUUUGUUUCACUGGCUUUAUGCUUCCUAAAACCACAUGGUGCCAUUAAUGCUUGGAGGCUCACUUAUGACCGUAUAUUAUGACAUACUGUCAGCUAUUUCAUUUAUUGAUAGUGCAGAGAGUGAGGCACGUCUGAAAGGCAGAUCAGAAUACUUCAUUUAUUCACAGAGGAAAAUCCUGUCAUUACAGUAUUACACUUGCUCUUGAAAAUAUAAAUAUUCAGUGGAAGGAGAAAAAAAUUAGGGAUCAGUGAGAAUAAAUAAGAAAUUGCAGCAGUUAGUUUAAAGUGCAGAAUAUUAGAAAUAAGCUAUUUACAAAGUACAGAGUGUUUGAAAAAUGAGCUUUGUAGCAGUUUGCGGCUUUGGAUAUUGCACAGAGUCUUAUACGGUUUACAACAAAGUAUUGCACAGUUUAACAGAAUAUUGCACAGUGUAUGUUAAUAAUAUUGUAAUAUUGCACUCUUAGAUCAUUGAAGUUUUUACAAGUUUAUGAUCAGAUUGCACAGCUGAAUAUAUUUAUAUGAUAGGGGUGGGAAUCACCAGUGGCCCCACGAUACAAUACGAUCACUAUACUUGGGCCUCGAUACGACAUUAUUGCGAUUUUUAACGUUUUCAAUACAGUGAGUAUUGUGAUACAAUAUAUUGCAAUUUAUGUAAUUUUUUCAUCUGUUUAGUUAAUUUAGCAAUAGGCUUUCCUUUAUGUUUGUCUUAUUUACACUGUGUUUUAUUUUCAUGUAGCACAUCUUGCAAACCUUAUUUUUAUAUAUAUAUUUGUUGUACUAACUUUUUCCUGCUCUACAAUGUCACCUCUGCCAACCUUACUGGACAAACAGUUGGUUUUAUUAUUCCAGUAUCAUAGAUUUGACUUCAUAUUAGCAAUUAAUUUGACAAACUGAUACUAGGUAAAUUAGACGAUACGAUAUAUCACUAGGCAAAAUAUCACGAUACUAUGUUGUAUCCAUUUCUUCUUCCACCCCUAUUAUAUGAAGUGCAAAAGUUAACAGUUACUACAUGAAAAUGAGUACAGGGACAGUAGGAGUGUGUGACACUCAUGGAGGAUUGUAAAAUUUGUCUCGGUGAGUGUAGACGUGGUUGAGCAGGAAGGUGGUGGCAUCCUCUACUCCAAGGCGAGACUGGUAGGAAAACUGGAGUGGAUCCAAGAGGUGUCUGACUUUUGGCCUCAGCUGUUCUAGGAUGAGUCUCUCCAGGGUCUUUAUGAGAUGUCAAUGCCACAGGUCUGUUGUCCAUGAAGCUGGGACUAGGCAGGGGCUUUGAGGACUGUGGGGCAACCUUUUAAAACAAAAACAGCUUCUGGACAGAGGGCUCUUCAUGCUAAAAUGGAGCUGGACAUCAAACAGACAGGUGGUCUUUACAGAAUUAGAGCAAAAUCCCUUUUACUGUUAUAAGUUGUGAAAGAACUGACAUGGUAUCUCACUUUAAAAACAUGACUUACAGUCUGAAGUCAUCAUCUUCAAUGCGCCAAAUUUUUAUGUAUUUAUUGUCAAUGAUUUCUGUGAUCACAGGUAUAACGUGACCAGUUCUCCUUUAAAUCAAAUAUGUCUGCAAUAUUUAACGGCCUUCAGAGAUGCCCCCAUGUUCUUUUCCUCUUUCCUCUUAAAUAACUGAAAAGGCUCUCUUGUUUACGUGUACAUACCAUCUCUCUGAUCAGAGUCAUGGUCAGACUGUAGCUGCCUGACAUUUAACUCACCAACAGAUCAGUGAACCAGUUCCCUGCUGCAGCAACAGACAACUGGACUGUAAUUAUUAAACAGAGAGAGAAAGAGAGCGAGAGAGAGAGUAACAGAGGCUGACAAGCACAGGCAGACUGAUAUAUACACAAAGACAGGAGGGUGCUCGUGGAUGGAUAAUAAGAUAGAUAGACAGAGAUAGUUACCAGAGCACCAGAUGGAUGGGCAACAAGACAGGUCGACAAAUAGUGAGGCAUCCAGAAUGACAGAUUGGAAACACCUUCAACCAGGCUCGCUAUACAUAUAAAUUAUAUCAUCUGAAUAUCCAGAAACACAAUGAAUUUUAGUUCCGGCAUGUUAAGAUAACUAGAUGAAUAUGUAGAAAAUGCCCCCUUACUUUAUGUGUUGUUGUUGUUGUUUUUCUAUUAAUUUGAUUGGCAGACUACAAAGAGCAAAUGGGAGUCAGGGUUUGUAGUUGCUGUGGCAACGGCCUGCUCUUUGUUAAAGGCUACAUUCCUGGCAUCUGAUGUUUCUGCGCUGCGAUCGAUAAAAACCCAGUCUGCAGAGACCGAUGAACAGACAGGGAUUCUACCAGGCAAGCCAGGACUGGGAAGAAAGAGCAAGAGUUCGGUGAAAAAUGUGUGAAUGAGAAGAUGGAUGGAUGGAUGGAUAGAGAGAUAUACUAAUGAAAGACAGAAUAGAGAAAGAGCUCAGAUCUGGAGAUAGGAGCAGUGCAGCUGCUGAGCCUGAUGGAGGGGUGAGUGCUGUGUGAAGAAAGAGUGUAGUGUGUGCUCUUCAACUCUGUCUGCCUCAUCUCAGCUAUUUUCUGAAUGUCACUCACUUCACUAUCAAAGUAAGGUAUGUGUCUGCCAGUGUGCUCAUCAUCUGCUUACUUUGGCAGAACUUUGCUGUGCAGUGAUUGACAAGAGCUGUGCAAGCAAUCUGUAAGAGGCACCUUUCAUAUUUCUGUCAUUCUCUUUGGCUUAAUGAUGCAUUCAUUUUUUAGUGCUCAUAGAUAUGUGUUUUAUGACCUGUACACUUUAUUUGCAAGGAAUGCGCAGAAUGAAAAGCAUGCAGAUACAGUAAUAGUAGAGCAAUUCCAGUACAGUGUCUGCUGAACCAUCUGUCAUUUCAACAACCUGUGGCUACUAGAGGGUGGUUUUCUGUCCAAGGGUGUCUUUACAAUCAGUGUAGGAAAAGCUGUAGCAAUCUGUGCAACAAGUAAGUUCUGCAUCCUUCUCCCUUAGCUUUGGUGUUGUCACUUCUUUUUGAAAAACUAUAAUGUACCCUGGCUAAGAAGUGAAGCCAUAUCUUUGUGAGUAAAAUAAAAAUACAAAAAAAAAAAUAAAAGUCAAAGCUAAAGGAAUAAGCAAAAAAAAUGAAGAAAAAAGAUUAAAGAGUCCAAGCAGACAAAAAACAGUUUGUGCUGGAAAAGCUGGAUCAUUAGUGCAGCAAAAUUAGAAGUAGUUGGUUGUGACAAACCGUAUACAGAAACAAGCAGAGCCAUGAAGCAAUGAAGCAAAGAGAUGAUGGUGUAAAUAUAUGCAUCCAUGUUUUUUUCCACAUUCUGAGUACUAAAAAAGUCAAGUGUUCAAAUAUGACUCUUAAAUCAUGAUGCGUAAGUUGUAAAUGAAACAAGUGUGAGUCAGUGACAUAAUUCAUUACGUUGAUUAUUUGUUCAGCAGUCGUAUAUUUUUGCUUUCAUUCAACUGAAGGUAGUGUACUGCACUGUGGAAAACUACCAUUUUCUCUUUGGUUUGUAUUUAGACUGAACACACAUUACACAUAGUUCAGUCAUCACCCCACCGGCAGAUGCAGACAUUUUGACACCAUCAUCGCUGACGCAAAGUACUUAGUCACACUCAAUUCUCACAUGGGCUUUCAGUCUCAGUCUUCCCAGAGGGGUAUUCCUUGUCAUUGGACAGAAAAUCUUCCAUUGCCACUUUUUUUUUUUUUUGUUAUGGAGUUAGCUUGCGACCUUUUUUUUUACCACCAAAGUGGAGAACAUUUACACUUUUCUACAGCUUUCUCUGGCCGUGUCUUACCCUGCUGUGAGUUUGAUAACAUUUUCACCCUUGCGUGAAAAAAGGAUGAUUUAUCAGGAUGGAAAAGACGAGGCAGAGUGUGAAAGGCUAAAAGGAAAGUGUGACUUUGGCUGAUUAUGGUGUGUACUUACAUAUUUCUUGUUCUUACAUUGUGUUUUCCAGGGCUUGUUCGUGAUGGUGCUCCAUGUGGACAGUAAAAUGGGCCGUGACAGGGGGCAUCAUGGGUAAGAGAGACAUGCGGCACCCAGCCCUGCCCCACUACCAUCUCCUCCUGGGCGGGGCCCUAGUGCUUCUUCUAGCCAGCCUGGCUCAAAGCUGCCCCGCUCGAUGUGAGUGUUCAGCCCAAAGCAAGUCAGUUAGUUGCUACCGCAAGCGUCUGCCCGCCAUCCCUGAAGGAAUCCCCAUCGAAACACGCGUCCUGGACCUUAGUAAGAACAAGCUUCGCAUCAUCACACCAGACAACUUCUCCUCAUUCCUUCAGCUGGAGGACCUGGACCUAAGUGAUAACCUAAUCAGUGUGGUAGAGCCAGGCUCUUUUCGAUCUCAGCUCGCUCUACGUUCACUCAACUUUCGCAGUAACUUGCUUCAGCUUGUUCCUGCUGGUGUGCUGUCAGGCCUGACCAAUCUCUCCCACCUUGAUCUCAGCCACAACCGACUGGUGGUUCUACUGGAUCACGCUUUCCAAGAUCUGCGCAGGCUGACAUCCCUAGAGGUUGGCGACAAUGAGUUAGUCUUCAUUUCUCAGCGGGCCUUUACGGGAUUACUUGGACUACAGAGUCUGACCCUGGAACGUUCCAAUCUCACUGUAGUUCCUACUGACGCCCUGGGACAUCUCCACAGCCUGGUUGAACUACAUUUGCGCUACCUAAGUAUAAGUUUUCUGAAGCCUUUCUCUUUUAAGAGGUUAUCACGACUUCGCAGACUAGAGAUUGAUUACUGGCCAUGGCUGGACACACUGCCCCCGCUCUCUUUGCAUGGUCUCAACCUUACAACAUUGUUCAUAACCAACACUAACCUGUCUGCCUUCCCCGGCGCAGCACUGCACAACCUGCACUACCUCACACAUCUCAACUUGUCCUACUGCCGCAUCCAGCAUAUACACCAAGGAGAGCUGGGCCAACUCCCACACCUAGUGGAGCUUCGGCUACAAGGGGCCCAUCUGAUUUCUAUUGAGCCUUUUGCAUUCGUGGGCCUCAAAUCUUUGCACCUACUGGAUGUGUCACAGAACCACUUAGACUCCCUGGAAAGGGAAGUGUUUGUCUCACCAGACAGCCUCCAGAGACUAUGUCUGGGUGGAAACCCAUUAGUGUGUGACUGCAGAUUGCUUUGGCUACUUAACAGCCACAAGCCCCCUUCUCUGCAGAUUUUGGAUGUCCAGCCUGAGUGCAGUGCUCCUGAGCACCUUCAAGGGAAAGCUCUUCGAGACCUCAAAGAGCCUCUGGUCUCCCGCUAUAUGACCUGCACCAAACCACGGAUUGGACCCAACACGACUCAGCUGCUGAUGACUGAUGAGGGUCAACCUGCCCGUCUAAGCUGCUUGGCAGAGGGAGCACCUCGGCCCUCAGUGGUCUGGAUUACACCUCACAGACGCUACAUCACAGCCAAAAGUAGUGGUAGGGUAGAAGUUCAGUCAGAUGGUACCCUAGAAAUUAAGACAGCAGAACUGCACGACAGCGGGGUGUAUUUGUGUAUUGCCAGUAACCCUGCAGGCAAUGCAAGCCUGUCAGCCUCUUUGGCUGUAAAGAGUUUGGGCAUUGGGGACAGAUCUUACAACAGCAACAGGAGCUCAAACUAUAUGACAGACUCCAACAGCACAUGGGGGAAUGGAACAGUUCUGUACAACAUGACAGUCCCUAUAGACAUUAAAACUAUCAUUAUAUCUACAGCCAUGGGCUGUCUGUCUUUCCUAGGUGUGGUCGUCUUUUGUUUCCUGCUUUUGUUUGCCUGGAGCCGGGGCAAAGGACGCCAUAAGAGCAACUUUGAUAUUGAGUAUGUCCCUCGCAAAUCUAAUGGGGCAGCAGCGGAGGUGUCUGAGUCAAGCGGUCCACGACGGGUCAACAUGAAAAUGAUUUGAAAUGUUUAAGAUUGUAACAUAAGAGAGCAAGUCAACAAGAAAAUGUCUACAUAUCAGCUAAAAAAAAUGAUUUGUUCUGUUUUUUUUCUAUGACCCAGUGGAUUUGUGACAAGCGAAAGUUAUGUAUAAAUAUAGUGGGUGUCAAUAUGACAGUGAUCUAGUGAUAAAGUGGGCAUGUGAAUAUAAAAGUGAUAUAUGAAACCGUGGACGUGUUUAUAUGAAAUAAUGUUCUCAUACAGUACAUAGACUAUAAUACUAUAACCAACAUAUCAAUAUGGGAGUGAUAUAGUGCUACACUAGACAUGUGUUUCAGUGGUGAUGUGAUGAGUAAUGAUGUUGUCGACUCACCGUAACAUCAAGGUGAAGGAUGGCGCCACUGGGAGUGACCAGGGACAUCUCUACGUGGCAGUUGAACUAUCAUCACUGCAACAUGUCAGGACUGAAUUGUCUAGUACCCAUAUUAGCUGCAGUAUGAAAGGUGUAUGCUGUGUUCACUUGAGUGUGUAUGCGUGAGUGCAUCAGCGUGCGCAUGUUGCAUUUGUGCGUUUCUUUGUGCAUGUGCACGCAUUGCCUUUCUUGUUUGACGGAACAAUUAAAAAGGCUGAAAGGGUCCAAAGCAUUUUCAGGCCUUUGUUCUGUGGAUGUAACAACAGUGCGGUCCCUGUUGUGAAAACAGAGAAUUAUCUAUGUUUGUAUGCAAAAUCACAGUUAUUGUAUUCGAGAAAAAUGCUGCAUACAUUUUGAAAUAGGUCUUCAUCUCAUUGGACUUAUCCCAGCAUCAGAUGGGAAUUUUUUUAACUUGAAGAAAUGACAAAAUACUGGAGAAGUUACAAUGUGGGUUAUAUGAGCUUUCUCUUUACCAAAGAGCUCACUUUUCUGAAACAGCAGUUGUCAUCUGUGUUAUUACUCUGGAAAAGCUGUUAGCUAUAGAAAUGGCAUGUUGAACCCAGUUUAUAACACAAUAAAUCAUGGGUAGAUUUUCCUGCUAGACAAAUCCCUUGAUAUGAUAAAAGGGCCUGUGGCCAGAGAAAUUGGCAAAGAUUUACUGGCCAGCGCCGACUUUGGGAUGAGACAAAGUUGAGCUUAACAGAUUUAUGGGUUGAAUUUCUCCCUCUCUCAUUUUUCCCCAAUCUUCACUUCGAGCUAGUGUGUCCAUAUUCUUCCCUUGGGCACUGAGUAUUUAAUAGAUGGCAAUGAGAAAGAUGUUGUGGAAUCUUGUAUUGUUUAGUUUUUUUGUUGAAAUGUUUUAAAUGUUUAGAAAAAAAAAAGUAUAACAGUUAAGGGCAAUUCUUUGUAAUGCAGGGCGUGGGUUGUAAUUUGUGUGAUCCUGUUGUGAUAAAAAUGUUUCAGGUUGUAAAACUGUUUUCAUAUGACAAAUUUAUGGGUAUAUUUUCAAAAGGAAAUAAAUCAUAAUCAUACCCCUAAAAAGAA